GAUCCCCAGCAUCUGCUGUCCUCACUUUCUCUCUAGUUAGGAACGCGUUUGUCUCUGAGUCAAGGCGCUGCUGAGUUCAAGACUUGCGAGGCCUCAGAUGCUAAACUCCGUCUGCUUCCUCAGGUCGACAAAUUACCGAUCAAUGUGGUACUUUCUAUCAAUUGUUGAGGUGCAUUUAUGUAGCGCAGUGUAGUUGAAAAUGUAGUUGGAAAAUAAAAUUGGACACUCAACCACAAGAGAUGUUGGGCCCAAAGGUCAAUUUGUCGAGCAUUUUUAACGAGGAAUGUGAAGUUAAAGGAAUGUAAGAAGGGAUUUCCAAAGCUUAGGGUUAACUGAAGCAAUUGUGGAGUCAAACGGUUUUUUUAAAGCCUGGAAAAUGGCCCUUUAGCCCCAUCGCAUCCACACCGCCAUCAGGCAUCUUUCUAUUCUAAUCCCAUUUUCUAGGGUAUGCAAUCUCACAUAAUGGGGCUUGCCUGAGAAAUUCUGCAAAAGUACAUUGUUUGACAUUACAGCAGAGAAUGCCCACCAUGGCAGAACUGGGGCAGUAAAGCCAUCUCUCAGGAUUGUGGCGUUAGAGGGUUUCAUACCCAUUGGAAAAGACAAGUUUAGGGAAGGAGCUGAAAAUGAAAAUUUGAAAACAUCUUGAUCAGGAGCUAAUAUAAAUCAGAAAGUACUAGGGUAGUGGGGAAUCUGACUCACUGUAAGACAAAACAUAGAUUGUAAAGCUUGUGAUGACUUAAACAUAGAAGGUGAAUAUUGGAGAUCAGUCAGUAUGCACGUUGGUGGGGAAGAAUUGCUUAAAACUCGACACAUCUUCAUCUCUCAAUCAACAUAGUUAAAGCAGAUUGGACACUAGAGACAGCUUUACGGUGUGUAAAUUGAUGCUGUAUUUCUUACAUUAAACAGAGAUCACAAUUCAAAGUUUUCUUCAGUGGAAGUAAAGAACUUUGGGAACACUGAAAUCAGCAACACAUGAUACAAAAGGAAGCUUCAGCUUAUUUGUAAUUUGUGGACAAGUUGGUUGUAAUGUUUGCUACAGUUGCUAUUUUUGAAAUGCUGUCAGUAUUGGUUUGUAGGUAAUACACAAAGGAAAUCAAGGUAUUUAGGUGUAAAUUCUGAUGGUAUUAUUCUUUGAUGAAAAAUGCAGGUGUUAGGUGGCUUAGCACAAAUGGGAGCUAUGGCUGAGAUUCUGAGAACAGAACAAAAGAAUUAUAUUCAACAAGGAGCAUAAGAUGGACUCCUCUCUCCACUGGCAUUCAGAGCUGUUGAUCAUUUCCAGCACUUUGCGGUUUUAGAUUUCCAGCAUCCGCAGUAGUUUUCUUUUGCCGAAUUGAGGGCUGAUCUAACUGGAGUGUUUUAAAAUGGUGAAAGGACUGAUCAGAUGGAGAGAAAUUACUUCCUCUGUAGUGUCAGUUCAGAACAAGGUGUACAAGCUUACAAAUAGAACCGGGCUUUUCAGCACUGAAAUAGAGACACGUUUUCGCACAGAAGUUAAUGGAGAUCUGGAACAAUAUGGUGAUCUUAAACUGAAAUAGAAUGUUAGGUAGAUAGCAUAUAGAAAAAUACCAAGUGUGCCAAAAUUGCUGAAAACUAAUAGUGUAUAAAAGUUAGACACUCCUCACUACUAAAACCUCCAUCCCUAUGUUCAAAUGUAAAUAUAAGUAGUCAUUUUUUUUUCCAAUGAUUUAGCAAUAUCUUGACAUAAUGUAACAUAGAUAGUGGUUUAUUUCUGUUUAGUAAUGAGGACACUGUGAAAUAAGUUUAAAAGUGUCACAAGUUGUGUUUUUGGGCUCCAUAUUUUUAAAUAAUGAAGGUGUUCAAUAGGAGAAACUGUUCACACACCUUGGUAAUUCCAGAAUCUAUGAGCCAUAAAUUUAAGAAAUGGAUCAAGUAAAGAAUUUAGGUAUGUAUUUUAUUGUUUUAAACAGAGUGAUGAACUUGUGGAAUUUACUGUCACAUUGAAGAAAGUAACUUUAAUACAUUGAAAAGGAAGCUUGGUUUUCAUACAAACAGUAGUUUGCCCUUAGUUUCUCUUUUAUUUUUAAAAACUGGAUUUUCAUCUCAAAUGCCCACUGAAAUCGCCACAAAAGUGAAAUGACGGCCAUUCUGCAGACAAAAAUUUUCCAGAGGUGAGAAAUUAAAUGCAGUGAACGAAGCAAACCCAACAAGAAAAAAGUGAAGAAAAUGAGUAACAACAGCUAGAAAUACUAUGAUGCAAGAACAGAGGGAAUUCAUUCAGGUCUUCAAGCUUGUUCUGGUAUUCGAUGUGAUCAAAGCUUUUUUGAAACCUUGCCUCAUACCCUUUAAACCUUAUGGCUAAAUCUAUUCAUUUCAGAUUUCAAAAUUGACAAUUGACCCAGUAUUGUUUUUUCUGCAUAUUGAAUGGGAGUUCCAUGAGAACAGAAACUAAUUGGUAUUUUGGGUUCGUAGGAACAGGAAAAGGCUAUUCAUCCCCUCAAGCUUGUUCCACCAUUGCCUCUGGAAGCGGUGUUACCCUGAGUGUCCCUCAGAGAGAAGUGAAGGGGACCGUGGGCCAGCCUGUCAAUCUCUCUGUCUCCUAUGUCACACUCACACCCUACUCCACGUUGAAGAUCCAGUGGUGUUUAUUCUCCGAAAAUACUCCAUUCGUGACCCUAAGCCGAUCAAACUGCUCUCCAGGCCCUGUCACACCCCGGUAUAACUGUUCAGAUCACCGGGUAACACGGCCUUCCUACCAGCACCGGGUUCACCUCGACCCAGACACUGGAUCCUUGUGGCUGCGGGAUUUUCAAUCUGAUGACAGCGGCGUGUAUGUGAUAUCAGUUUAUAGAGAUGGUGUGAACACAACUACUGAAGGGAAUGUGACUUUAACCGUUUAUAACGAGACAGAUGUUGGAUGUACUACCCAACCUGGUUCAACAACAAGUCAACCUCUGAGUACAGAGUCAAUCGAGUACCUGCAUAUCAUUGUCUCUGUUGUUGGCUGUUUCCUUAUUGUUCUCAUCCUUUUCAUCUUGGUAACGAAGAAGUACAAAGGUUCUUGUCUGCAACAUGAUUCAGUUGCCAUGGAAACACAUGAUCAGCCAAUUGAAGGAAUGAGGCAAGACUUUGCUGAGGGCCAGGAUUCGGUACUGAACGGUGAUCUCACCUACUCCCUUCUCCAGUGGUCUGAGCACAGGAUCCCAGCAGCUUCAGGAGGUGACCCACAAGAUAGCGGUCUGGAGACGAUAUAUGCUUUUCCACAGAAAGUGAACCGCAGGUGAAGUGCCUGGGCUCGAGAGACAAGGAGCUGAAUCAAUCCCCACAUCCUGCAGUGAGAUAUGGAUAAUGGGCUGUGGGGAAAUGUGACAAUCAGAUCGACACUAGCCGUCAUUAGCCAACACAGUUUCACAGGCCUUUGUGUAGAUGCAGUGAGAAGCUUUCCUUGGGACUCAUCGAUGUGCAAUCAAGUACCAAUCAGGUCCAGUGUCUAGGGUUCCUACUAUGCAUGGAAAGUGUUGAUGUGUUAACAGAACUGAGUGAAAUCCGGGGCUCAGAGCCUCCUCAGAAUGUGCUGUCAGUGCUGUUUGGAUAGAAGCUCCUGCCCUCAACCGUCAAAAACACGGGAAGGAAGGGAGCUGUCUACUCUGUGCAGUGACCUGCUCAUAGCAAGUCAGCAGGUCACAUUACCUAUUCAUAGGUCAGUCCCUAUUAAUUCCAAUGGAAACAAAAAUCAGAGAGAACUGCAGUUAGGACUGUCAACUCGGUUAUGUCCCCUUUACAUUAUCUUGGGAAAUGAUUGCAGUGAAGUGAUAGGGGGAGCAGGGGUUCUGACAUUCUCUGUUCCUAAGCUCGAGUGCAAUGAUGCUGAGGACAAAUAUGCAGAAAUACAUGAGCUGUUUCUUCUCUGCAUUUCCGAAGCAGCUAUCGAUAACUGGUAAACAUUCUUCAAAUGUUCUCUUAUUUAUUCAAAUGAUGUAUACUCAUUAAAGCAAAAACGAAA